AUGAGGCUGCGGCGGGGUUCGCUGCGCGGCAGCGGCGCGCGCGCGGGCGGCGACACGCCCCGGUAUCUGGUGAACUCGCUGGCGGUGGCGUUCGUGGUGUCGCUGCUGUUCCUCUACCGCCUGCAGCGCCAGGAGCGCCAGGAGCAGGCGCAGCAGCAGCGCGAGGAGCAGCAGCAGCAGCACCCCGCGCUCGACAUCGAGGGCGGGGGAGGGGGGAGUGGGGGGGAUGUCACAAGCGGCGUUGGUGAGGGGGCGAGGGAGUUACGCGUGAGCGGCGGUGGGGCGGAUGCUGGCGGAGGUGGCGGGGGGACGGAGAGCGACGCAGGAGGGGACGAGGGGGGCGGACGUGUGCGGAGUGACGGUGGUGGUGGCGCAGCUGCGGGAGGCGGUGGUGAGGGCGGUGGCAGGGGAGGGACGGCCGACGAUGGCGGGGCAGACGACAAGGCGCGGGAGGUGCGUGGAAAGGAGAGUGGGGAGUCGUCUGGAGGAGAAGUAGAGGCAAGUGCAGGUGGCAGCACCAAGGCCGGUGAAGACAGAGGCCCGAGCAGUGUGGCAGAGAGUAGUGAGGGCGAGAGCGAAAGCAGCGGGGAUGGUGGUAAGCGUGAGAGUCUGACUGAUGGUGAGGAGGAGGGCACGGGAGGCGUGGGGAGCACAGGCGAUGGGGAGAGUGAGAAGGGCACGGGGAUGGCUGAUCAAGAAAUGGGCAGUGAUGGGGGGCAUGCGGAGGGGCAAGGCGCCGCAGAUGAGGCUGAGGGGGGCGGUGCUGGAGGCGGGCAAGGCAAGGGCGUGGGGGGUGGUAAGGAGGCAGAGGAGGAGAGCGAUACUGGAUCCGGUGCUGAGAGGGGAGGGGAGGCGAAGGAGGCGGAGGAGGGGAGUGGCAUAGAGAGCAGUGCAGUGAAUGGGGGUGGCGAUGUGGGAGCUGCAGGCAUGGAGGCAGACGCAGGUGUUGCGACGGAGCAAGGGAGGAGUGGUGAUGAGGAUGAUGGUGGGAGUGCGAUUGUGAGUGGUGGCAAAGCGGGCAAGAGUGAGGACGUGGAGGCGGGUGAUGCAGUGGAGGAGGGGAGGGUGAAGGCAAAGAAGAAGAAGGCUUCGGGCAAGAAGAAGAGCAAGAAGGGCAAGAAGCGGAAGAAGAAAAAGAGCAAGAAGGCUAAGGUUGCUGAUGAGUGA